UAGUAAGGAGUGUGCUUCGGUGUAUGCAAACGACAGCAGGCACGCAAUAAAUUGCUCUAUUAAUAGUUGUUUUUUCAGAAAGAGGGAGCGAUUUUUUUUUGCCCAGCUGGUCCGUGGCAGAAGUGUCUCAAUUUGACGCCUUCGAUUGAGGAGAACAGUUUAAAAGUCGCUGAUCUGAAAGAGCAAAAAGUUUUUGUGUUGGAGCAAACUUUUGGAAACUAUGUCGCUUGUAAGAAGUAUCUUGUUCAUCGGGCUGGCGUUUGUCUUUGUGAGGAUCAAAGGGCAGGAUGAUGGUUUCAACCUAGAAGAUGUAUUUAAAGACUUGCCAACUCAACCUCCAGCUACAAAACCUAACUUGCCUGAUGUUCCAUUAGAUUUUGAUGAUCCCAAGGUACCUACUGAUCCAAAGAAGAAGGAAGACGAUUAUGAUGGGUUUAAUUUGGAUGAUGCCGUUAAUGGUGAAGACAAGUACACUCCAACAAAGGCUCCUCAUAAGCCAGGCGGCGGCGGUGGUGGGUCAGGUCGUCAGUUUGGGGACGAUGAUCUUGCUGCUGCAGCAGAUGAAGGUUACAAACCUGACAAGACCGAUUCUGCAGGCCGUUCAGGGGGUCGUUCAGGAGGUACAAACCAAGGAAGCAAUCAAGAUGGCGGAAAUGGUACCUUAGCUGGUAUUAUCAGUGGUGUUCUGCUGUCCUUGGCAGGAGGUGUAACUAGCUACGUUCUCUACCAAAAGAAGAAGUUGUGUUUUAGCUUGACAGGGAACUCUGGCGAGCAGAACAUGAAGCCGGAUAAUGUUCAGGGCCAACGAGAGGACCCUCAAUCUUAUAGUACUCUUCUGCAAUCUCAGCCUGUUACCAAUAACUAGAAGAUGGCUGCUGGGGGGAAAAAUAUCUGGAAGCAAAUGGCUGCUGUCCAACGAGACACGUGACAUUCUCCUUCAGAUUUAUCUCUUGUACACUCCCUUGUCUUUCUGCUUCAGAUUUGUUAAUGAUUUUAAUCUUGUUUUAGAAAUGGCCCUGAUUUUAGAAAUGUGGGUUUUAUUUUCACAUUUGCUUUUAAAGAUGUUUGUAAAAGUUUUUGUGUCCCCAAACAGCUGCCUUUUAUACAGUAAGACAAUUGUAUGAUGCACGUCUUUUUUUCUGUAAAUUAAUUGAUGUACUUGAGCUGUUUCUGUUAAAUUUUGAACUUUUAGAUUUUUUUUAGAUUUGAGGAGUAUUAUGGAGCAAGUUGAAAGUGCACAGUGGAAGGGUUUAGAGUUCAUGAUGCUGGAAUUGUAGUAACAUGUAGUUUACAGAAUGUUUUUUUUCUUAAAUACAUUUGAGUGAUCAUCCUAAGACAUGUCGUGCCAAAAUGUUUGUUAAAAAUGGGAGAAAUCUCUCUCUUGUUUACAAUCAAUAUGUGAUGUGCAGUUCUUGUCACCAUAUGAUAGGAAGGAUAUGAUUUGAGCUGGAAAGGGUGCUGAAAAAAUUCACAAGGAUGUUGCUGGGACUGGAGGGCUUGAGGUAUAAUGAGAAACUGGUUAGGCUGGGACUGUUUUCCCUGGAGUUACGAAGGCUGAGGGAUGACCUUCAAGAUUUAUAAUAUCAUGAGGGGUGUUAGAUCCGGUUAUUUUUGAAUCUGCAGGUUCUUUCAGGAGUCCAAGAAUGAGUUGAAAACAACUUGGUGCUUCACAGACUUUUAUUGGAAAAGUUUAAAACAGUCACAGAGCACACGGCACUAGCUUUGCUACUGGGAGAUGAGCCGAGACAAAGGAACUAAAAUAAGCUAGGGCUGGGGGAAGAGAGCAAGAGAGAGAUUAACAAAAAACAAUACCUUUUAUACCAAAGAUAAGAGGUACUCCUUAGCUAACAAUAGUCCAAUCAGGAAACCUAUUAGAUAUCUGUGGCCAAACCAACCAAUGAGAAAUCACCUAUUUCACCUGAUGGACGAACCAAUAAGCUAGGAAGUGGCCGUUCCUUGUGCAGCCACUUGAGGUGUAUUAAACACUAUACAUGUUUAAAAAAAACUACUUAAAACAGUUGAAUCCAACAGGGGCAUAGAUAGGGUGGAUGUUCACAGUCUUCCCCCCCCCCCCCACCCCAGCGUAGGGGAGUAUAAAACUAGAGGGCAUUUGUUUAAGGUGAGAGGGAAAAGAUUAAAGAGGACCUGAGGGGCAAGUUUUUCAUACAGAGCUUGGUGCGUAUAUGGAACGAGCUGCUAGAGGAAUUGGUAGAGGCGGGUACAAUUACAACAUUUAAAACGCGUUUGGACGGGUACAUGGAUUUGGAAGGGUUUAGAUGGAUAUGGGCCAAAUGCAGGCAAAUGGGACUAGCUCAGGUAGACAACUUGGUCAGCAUGGAUGAGUUGGGCAGAGAGAUUUUUUUCUGUGCUGUAUCAUUCUACAAACUCAUGGAACUCUGAACUGUUUAAUUGUCUUCAGUGGAACUGAAUUUCAGGAGCUCUGUUCGGUGUGCAUGUGUUCUAUGUUUCAUGUUUAACAGAUACAACAGAACUAAUUUCUACUCUGUAUUGUUACUCAAAGACCUGGAGUGCUUUGCAUUUGCCUUUUUGGUAUCUGAGUGUAAAUUUGUUGGAUUCUUCAUAAAUUGAAUAAUUUUGAUCUU